CGCAGCGAACUGUUUUACAUUAUUAAUUGUAAUCUAGCCGGGUAGAGAAUAACGAACAAUAGCACUAAAGAUAAAUAUGUCGCUUAGAUUUUUAAUAACACUCGCUGCUUGUGCGCUAUUUAUGCCGUCUGUGUCGUUUGUCCGGGCCAACGAUGACGGGCAAAACGAAAACGCUGAAAAACAGUUUGCGGUCGAACUGGACUCCGAAAAAUUUGAUGCCCUCAUUGAGACCGGCAAUGUAUUUGUGAAGUUUUUUGCGCCAUGGUGUGGUCAUUGCAAGCGUUUGGCACCUCUGUGGGAGCAGUUGGCCGAAAUUAUGAAUGUGGAUGAUCCAAAGGUUAUCAUCGCUAAGGUCGAUUGCACGAAACAUCAGGGAUUGUGUGCCCAGCAUCAAGUGACUGGCUAUCCAACAUUGCGACUAUAUAAGCUCGGCGAGAAGGAGUCUGUUAAGUUCAAGGGCACUCGCGAUAUGCCGGCGAUUACAGAUUUCAUCAAUCAGGAACUGAAUACGCCUACGGAGAUCGAAUUGGAUGCUCAAAAGGAACAGGACGCUAGCGAAACUAAUCCAAAUAUCGGCAAGGUUGUGGAACUAACCGAAGAUACCUUUGCCAAACAUGUGUCUAGUGGCAAUCACUUUGUGAAGUUCUUCGCGCCUUGGUGCAGUCAUUGCCAGCGUUUAGCGCCCACUUGGGAGGAACUGGCCAAGGAGCUGAUUAAGGAGACUGGAGUAACAAUUUCUAAAAUCGAUUGCACACAAUAUCGUCCCAUAUGCCAAGACUUUGAAGUAAAAGGUUACCCUACACUGCUGUGGAUCGAGGAUGGCAAGAAGAUUGAAAAGUAUUCGGGCUCCCGCGACCUUGACACACUAAAGAGCUAUGUUGAGAAAAUGGUCGGCGCACCCUUGGGCAACAAUGAGGUUAAUGGGGAUUCCAUUGAGGUGGCCAAGGAUGAUCGUGAGGACGCUAAAAAACUGAAUGUUCAGUCGUUGAAUGGAGACGGCGUUUUUGAUCAAACUAUUGCCUCGGGCAUUACUUUUGUCAAAUUCUACGCACCAUGGUGCGGUCAUUGCCAGAAAUUGCAGCCCACUUGGGAACAAUUGGCAACGGCGACCCAUGCCAGCGGUCAAGGCAUUGUGAUAGCUAAAGUGGAUUGCACAGCGCCCGAGAAUAAACAGAUCUGCAUUGAUCAGCAGGUAGAGGGAUAUCCAACGCUGUUUCUCUACAAGGACGGCAAACGACAGAACGAAUACGAAGGCAGCAGGUCUCUGCCGGAACUGCAAGCAUAUGUGAACAAAUUCAUCGGUCACGAUGAGCUCUAAAGUCUGCCAAGCCACCUUUUAUACAUUACACUAACCAAGAACUAAGAAAACAACAACAAAAAGAACCUGCGAGCAAACUACGAUGGAUAGCAAUGGUCGAUGGUUAUGCCGCUCAUUUAAACAAACUAAAUUUAUAUGUAUAACAAAUAGUAGCUGAAUGAAUUAUGUUUUUUGUGAUGAUUUUUGUGCUUUUGUUUAGUAAUAGAACUAAUAUUUUAUUUAAA